UCCCAACCCAAGCCCGGCACUCCGGCAGGCAGCUCAGCUCUCGAGCCUCCCCUCUCGCUCUUCCGGCACUGCUGCUACGUACUCCUGUCAUCCAUUGCGUGCGAGUGCGAUUGGGUUGGGGCCUUUAAGCAUUGCAGCAUCAGCAGCUGCGGGCAGUUGCAGUUACUUUCGGCCUCUCGUCCUUGCUUGUGCCCUCCGAUCCCCUGUUUGCACUUGCACCCUCGCAAAAACCGUUAGGCGCUGGCUAUUGCAGGGCAGAUUGGCCACCCAUUACAAAAGCCUCUCUCCUUCAGACGGCUUCUAAGCUCUCACAAGAGAAAACAGAGGGGGCGCUUCCAAUACAGUUGUUAACAGGCACCAAGGCGUGAGCGUGAAUGCAGGGAGCCCACGGCUAUGGUGGCUACGGGUACGGCGGGUAUGGCUACGACGCCGGCGCGUACAGCUCCGCGGGCGGCGGCUACGGCUACGGUGCCGGAGCGUACGGCUCUGCGGCCGGCGGGUACGGCUACGACGCCGGCGGGUACGGCUACGACACCAGUGGGUACGGCCCCGCGGCCGGCGGGUCCUACUACUCCAACGGCUACCCGCCGGCGCCGGCCUACGAGGACCCGCUCGCGGCCGGGCGGCGGGCGCACGACGUCCCGGCGCCGCUCAACGGGCUCGAGCUGCAGCCAUCGGAGGCGUGCCCCAGGAACUACGUCAUCUUCGACCAGACGUGCACCAAGAGCCGGGUCAUGUUCCACCCCUCCCUGGCGCACAAGCUCGGGGGUCCGUCGUCGGCCCACAGCGGCAGCUGCUACGGCGCGGGCGACGGCGCCGGGAAGAAGGGCGCGUGCAGGGACGACGGCGGCGGCGGCGGCUGCUCGUUGCGGCAGAAGGAGGACACGGAGGAGAUCGACGCGCUACUGAGCUCGGAGGACGACGACGACGUGGUGAGCACGGGGCGCACCCCGGGCGCCUCCCGGGACGACGGGAGCUCCCCGGACUCCACGUGCUCGUCCAGCCGCCGCGGCGAGCCGCGCAAGAAGGAGCGGAUGAGCAAGAUGAUGCGGACGCUCAGGGGGAUGGUCCCCGGCGGCAGCCAGAUGGACACGCCGGCCGUGUUGGACGGGGCCGUCCGGUACCUCAAGUCGCUCAAGGUGGAGGCCAAAAAGCUCGGCGUGCGCGGCUCGGGCAGCUAGCUAGCUCAUCGCCAACAGCUCCAACCGAUGGCGCCGGCGGCAUGCAGAUGCAGCAGCCAUGAUCUGGCCGAACUCCUUUCUUGCGCUCUGCUUUUGGCCACGGGCUCCGUCCAUGAUGACAGCAUGGGGCAACUGGGCAGGGACACGAGGCUGUACUGGUAGCGUGUCAAUUUUUUAUAUGCCAUUAGAAAAUACAGCUCGUCCCUUAUUUGUCAUUAAAAAUUACUACAUUUCUUCUAUGUCAUUAUUUAUAAUUUCUCA